GUUCAGUCUUGUGUGUUAGUAAACAAAAGAUUUGAUCAAGAGUGUGAUGGUUGAUGUAGUCUGGCCUCGUCUGGUCACAUAAUACCUCCCUCGUUCACAGUUUCCUCGUCUUUUAGCACAGUCUUCAUCUUAAUUUGAGGUCGUGAUGGGAAACAUAAUCACCACCUGGAUGGGGUCUCACGUCAUAGGCAGUGGAGGCAGCAAGCGAAAGGUGGAGGAGGUACAGAAUGACGAUGGGGAAACAAUGGACUUGGAAUCUCUUCUCCACACACGCAAAAAGCGUAAAUUAAACUCCACGUCCAAGUACAUAUACAAGACGCUGUUUGAGGAAGGGCGAGCGUCCGACGUCAGUGUUGUAGCUAUGGGUAAUGAAUGGCACCUGCAUAAAGUUUACCUCUGUCAGAGCCCAUACUUCAGGAGCAUGUUUUCUGGCAACUGGACAGAGACGAACCAAUCCCAGAUUACCAUUGAGAUUCUCGACGACAACAUCAACAUCAGUGCCUUACACCUGGCAUUGGGACAGUUCUACAAAGAUGACAUCGAAAUGGAGGCGGCUCAGGUGAUCCCUCUCCUGGCCACAGCUCUCCUCUUACAGAUGGAUCCUCUCAUCGACCAGUGCACCUGUAUCAUGCUGGAGACCAUCAAUCUACACACGGUGUUGCAGUACCACGAGGCCUCAAGAAGGUACGGGGUGGUAGAGGUCGACAAGGCAUGUAAACAGUGGCUACUUCACAACCUUCUCACACAGGUUACAGAACAUCCAUCCACACUGCGUCACAUCCCCGCUGACUUGUUAUACGAGUUGCUGUCCUCGCCACACCUGUACGUCAUGCAGACUGAGUUCAGCGUCUACGUCAUGCUGAAGGCGUGGGUCUUCCUCCGGCUGCACCCAACGUGGGAUGGGUCACACGAAGCAGCGUUUUUGGAAGCCCACAAAUACUUCAGGAACAGAACACAAACUGGGUGGUUCCUGGAGGAGGAGGAAGGGAGAGAAUAUUCCCUGGUAUUCUCUGCGUUGCGUCUCAUAUACCUCAUCUACCACCACCUUGAUGUAGAAAUGCUGUAUUCAGACCGCAUCUUGCCGCCCUCCUGGCUCACACCGGCCAGCAUGCACCAGUGGUAUAAUAUGCUCCGGAUAGAUCAAAGCAAAGACAGAGGACCGGCCGAAAUAUCUGAUGGAGAAUUCGACAAGUCAUGUACGCGAUGUGGAAGGGUCCUGUCUCACUCCGGGCAGCAUAUCUGGAGGUGGACCGGCUACAACUUCGGCCUGGACCUGGUGAUGACCCACGACGGAGCGUCACUCAGGCUGAAGCGUAAUCACAGAUCGGAAAACAUCGCCAGCAUCGCUCAACCUGCCACACGCAACAUCAUGUACAGAAUAACGGUGGCCUCCCUGGACGACAAGCAGAGACAGAUCGUUUACACCAAAACAACGGGACUACAGUCAGCGUCCUUGGCGAAAAACGAAGAGAUUCGUGUGAUGCUGCUCGACCCAGAGGUGAAAUAUCCCCUGCUGCUGAGUGCCAACUUCCUCAUCACCACCAACCACAAGCUCGUGGUGCCGGCUGAAGCAACGUCCGCCCCCACACCGCCCAGUCCAGCGGGGAUACAGAGUCACGCCGGCAGAGAAUAACACUGUAGGGUUGACGCAGCAUUUAGCCUAAAUAUUUGGUGCUACUUAGGUAUUAACCUCUCUGCCUUUACCUUAUUUAGAUCACCUGAAGUUUAGGCACCCCAGUUUAUUUUACCUGGUGAUUAAAUACCGCCAUAAUGCUAUCCUAACCAAACCAAACCUAAACCUAAUCUAUCCUACCUUAAACCUAACCCAAUCUAAUCUAAUCCAAUUUAACCCCCAUUUAUGAUUAAGGUUUUUAAUCAUCAGGUGAAAUAUGCUAGAGGUGCUAAUCAUCAGGUGAUCCUUUUAUUUCUUGGUCAGAUUUUAUUUCAACUCUUGUGCCAAUUUGCUUUUCUAAAAUUCAUUAAAGUUCUCUCUGAUACAUUUACUCUCCUCGUUUUCUGCUGUUGGCUGGAUCAGUGGAGAUAAACAUUUCAAGAAAGGAAAUAGAGAUGAUUUUUUUAUCUUAAAAUACGUCUUAUGUUUAAUAAGUUUAGUUUAGUUUACUCUCUUACUCUUGAGACAAAAAUUUGGCUUUAAUUUCUGGUGAGUUCUCUUGACACCAAAGGAAUGUGAAGUAUUUAUUUGAAUAUAGGAAUAAGUAAAGCUUAAACAAAAGUCAGUGAAGAUAUAAGAUUUACUUUUGUAAUAACAGGAAUACGUAGUCGAUGUAUCUCUUUUUUUUAUAUAUAAGAUAUAAAUUAUAUUAUUCUUUAUCACACUCAUAUCAUUGUCACUUAUAAAAAUAGUCCAGCAUUGUCAGAAUAUGAGUCUGUGUAGUCAACAUCUUCCAGUACCAAUAGGUGCUUAAGCCCAGGAAUACUAAAGGCAUGACCCUGAACUGCAUAAUAUUCACUGCUAUCUGAUGUUGGGUGACGGUAGUGGUCGAUUAAUACCCGUGGCAGCAGUUACCACAACUUGGAGAGAAUGGCAGAAAAUUAAGGAGGGAAAUGUUUGAGGGUAAAGAUGAGUAUUGAUUGAUCGUAGAAGAAGGAAGGAGAGAAGGAAUGGGUUGGAGGUGGGACUUCAAAGGAGAGAGAGAGAGAGAGUUAGUCAUCCCAGCUUUUAUUGUAGGUUUGGACUUUGUAGAGGUGUAAUCAUCUCAGCUCGUGUUGUAGGUGGGACGAGUAGAGGAGAGAGAGGGAGGGAGGAGUAGUCAUCCCAGCUUUGUUGUAGAUGACUGUGGAGGAAAAGAGGGAGAGGAGAGAGGUAUAUGUCCCAGCUUGUGUUGUAGAUGGGACUUUGUAGAGGAGGUGGGACGUGGGACCUUGAUGGUAAUGUACUGGCUGAGCGUUCGUCGUUUGGGUCUCACAUAUUGAAGUCCAUGAUCCAAUUUCUCAAAGGUUUUCUGCCUCAGUACAAUAUUAUCCCAAACUGAUACUACAUAAGGUAGAUUUUGUGCACAGUAAUUUGGAACAUUGUGGUUUAUUGCAACUCAGCCAGAUGGAUUUAUACUGUACUGGGUGUGAUCCAAGAGUUCCCAGACUGGCUUCAUAAAAUCUUUAUUUUUCAAGAUAUUAGAGUGAAACUUUAGUCACCCUUAAAAUAUUCUUCAGAGGCCUCGAUGCAGCACUGAAUCCCCUCCUCCCACUUCUGGAAGUCCUUGUUGGUGAGGCUGGAGAACACCUUCUGUGAUGUGUCCUGGAUCUCCAUUCUGUCCAUGAUCUUCUUGUCCUUGAGGUUCAACUUGAACUUGGGAAACAGCCAGAAGUCACAGGGGGCCCGAUCUGGAGAGUAUGGAGGGUGGGGGACUACUGGGAUGCCGUGCUUCACCAGAAAAUCAUUCACAGUGUGCGCAGGUGCAUUGUCCCGGUGAAGGAGCCAAUUGCCGGUCGUCAGUCAAAAUCUGGUUAACAUUUCCAUAUGAAAGGUCCAACCGCUCGGCGAUCUCACGGGUGGUCCCCUUACGCUCUUCAUGGACAAGUUGGUAAUUUUCUGGACAUUUUCAUCACUUCUCUCAGUGGAAGGCUGCCCAAAACAAAGCUCAUUUUCAAAGGAGGUGAACCCUUCUUUGAAGUGCUUGUGCCCCUUGAAAACUUGAGCCCUGGACAUUGCUUCAUCUUUGUAGGCUUCCUUGAUCAUUUUAUGGGUUUCUGCGCCAAUUCUUCUGAGUCUGAAGCAAAAACUGAUGGCACAGCAUUGCUCGAUACUUCCCUCCAUGUUGAGGAUUGGGUGGCGACUUACUCAAAUUAGCAGAUGGGCCAGUACACACACUCGCACAAAGCUGCAGUAUGGCCGGUUGGUGAAACAGAUUCCAGUAAACAAUUUAUACCCAAGGUGAGUAACUGCUGAUGAUUUGAAUUCGAUAUCUGCUAGGAGAAAGGUUUUAUAAAGCCAGUAUGGGAACUAUUGGAUCACACCCUGUAUUUGUGGUUUCACUCUAGUCAAUGAGCAGGAUAUACUGUAAAUGUGCUUUAUAUCUAGACAGGAUUUAUUUUCUCAUGUUUUAGCAAGGAAUUCAAAAUAAGGUUUGAGCAUCGGCGGAGGAUGUUGCUAGCAGGAAAUGGAUACCGUACUUUUUUUUAGCUUAUGUUUUUUCUCAGUUGCUACAAAAGGUUGGCCACAACUACCCAUAGAAACUGUAGAUGUUUUAGUGGAUUGAAAGAAUUACCUUAUGUGUUUUAAAGUGAGUUUACUCUUUUUUUUAAUAUGGAAUUGCUGACAUUUUUGAUUGGUCCUUUUAUCACAAAGUGUGUAUAUGGGUAGAGCUGUUUUGAUCAGUUCUCAUUAUCUACAUUCCCUCGUCUUUACUUAAGUUUCCGUCGCUUUUUUUUUUUUUUUACUUUACACACUCAAGAUGUCCCUUAUAUCAGCAUUGCUUUAUUGUACAUCUUCUUCAAUACCCAGAUCUAUUUUCAUACCCGUCUAUGCUGUUAGUCUUCGUCAGCAUCAUGGUGUAUUUUUACAAUCACGCUCGGCCUCUCACAGCUGCCAAAAGUCCUUGUGUAAAUAAUUUCAUUUAACUUUUCCUAAAAUUUUUUAAAGUUGAUUAAGAACCCAGAUUUGUGAUUUUUAACUGCAUUUGUGUCCUGUGAAUUCUCAAGUCUGAUUAUUGGAACUUAUUUUACACCCUAACCUUGUUGUCACACACACACAUUAACUUAUAUAUGCACACAACUUCUCCACGACAUAAUCGACCUACGUCCGUACCAAAAUUUUGUCAAAUUACGUAUUUUUUAGUCCCAGUGUUAGUGAUUGCACUGUGUACUGACAAAAUUUUCGUUUGUAUUUCACUUUAAAAUGGCUGGCAAGCUUAAAAGUGAGAGUUUUGUGGUGCUGAGAAGAGACACCCAUUUUAGAUUUUUUUGUAUUAUUUAAGCAUUUUCGACUUACGACCUGGAUUUGGGUCCCUAACCCCGUCAUAAGUCGGGGAUUAGCUGUAUAUAUACACUCGGCUCACACUCCACUCUCUCAGUCAAUCAUAAUAUUCACAUCACUUCAUAUUGCAGUAAUUCUCUCUUCAUUACCACUUUAAAUUGUCACUUUCCUUUCUUUACAAAUCUUUAAUCGGUGACUUCAGGGUUGUACGUCGUCUAGCUGUGUGUUAGGAUUUUUUUUUUACACUUAAGGAGGUUUGUAAUCAAUAAAUAUAUUUGAUAUUA